AACGGAGCAGCUGGACAAGCCUUCAGCUCAUUUGUAUCAGGCAUCCCUUCACACUCCGCUCAGGAAACAUAGCCUACAGUUCAGUGUACGAACGCUCAUCAAAUCCUGUUGUAUAGAAAUAUUUUGGGGGUUUGACAUGCUGAAUACCGUACUGAAACAACUGAAAAGCCACCCGGCUUUGAUUCCUCUCUUUAUUUUCAUCGGUGGUGGAGCGACCAUGUCUAUGCUUUACCUGGGCCGCAUCGCUCUAAAGAACCCUGACUGCUCAUGGGAUCGCAAGAACAACCCAGAGCCUUGGAAUAAACUGGGUCCAAAUGACCAGUACAAGCUCUUCUCUGUCAACAUGGACUACUCUAAACUGAAGAAGGACAGGCCUGAUUUCUGAGCAAAGUCUAGCGAAUCAGCUGGGUUUCUUAAACGCUGCACUUCUAUUCAACAUGACAUCAGAUACAAGAACUCUUCUGUGAAUGUGAAUCACCAUUUAAAAUCCUUAAAGAAACAGAAAGUGUGCACAUACACAUAAGCUAUAAAAUCUGAAUGUCUAUCUUUAUCCAGAAAUGAUAUUUUUUACAGAUACACAUAUUGACACCUCAAGGGAAAUGCUUCAUCAAUCAUGUAUCAAUAUUGUCUGAAGUUAUCUUCCUCUUAUCCAAAUAAACAAGACAGACAGCAAUAACAGAA